CAGUGACAGCCCGGGUGCGCUCAGCGGAUUGUUCUAGUAUAUAUCAGUGAUAGGAGAGAGCAAGGGAGCGAGGUGCGGCGAUGAGUCUGACCCCGCAGGUGUAUUGGGCACAGAGGCACCAUGAGCUGUACCUGCGGGUGGAGCUCAGCGAUGUGCAGAAUCCAGAUAUCAGCAUCACAGACAACGUUCUUCAGUUUAAAGCUCUGGGACAUGGCGCUAAGGGAGUUAACACAUAUGAGUUUUCCUUGGAAUUCCUAGAGCCUGUAAAAGCUAAGGUGGUGCAGCGAUCCACACAGCGACAUGUAAACCUCACUGUGAAAAAGAGUGAGAAUCGAUGGUGGCCACGCUUGAUAAAGCAAGAGCGUAAGCCACUGUUCUUGGCUCCAGACUUCGACCGCUGGCUUGACGAGUCCGAUGCAGAGAUGGAGUUACGGGAGAAGGAAGAAGAAAGGAUAACAAAAAUAAGGACAGAGUCCAGAGUCCGGGAAGAUCCUUUCCUGUACCUGAAGCGCGGGUACUUGUUUAUGUAUAAUCUUGUGCAGUUCCUGGGCUUCUCCUGGAUCUUCGUCAAUAUGACAGUUCGACUUUUUAUUUUAGGAAAAGACUCCUUCUAUGACACAUUCCACACAAUGUCUGAUAUGAUGUAUUUCUGCCAGACCUUAGCUGUUUUGGAGAUUGUAAAUCCUUUAAUAGGAUUGGUGAAAACAGGAGUCGCGCCAGCAGUGAUCCAGGUUUUAGGCAGGAACUUUAUACUUUUUAUCAUCCUUGGGCAAAUGGAUGAGAUGCAGAGCAAAGGUGUCGUCUUCUUCAUAUUCUACCUGUGGAGCACCAUUGAAGUAUUUAGGUACCCAUUCUACAUGUUGGGCUGCAUAGAUAUGGAAUGGAAACUUCUUACGUGGCUCAGAUACACCAUAUGGAUCCCACUGUACCCACUUGGAGCACUUUCAGAAGCUGCAGCCAUUGUCCUGGCAAUGCCCAUCUUCAAUGAAACUGGCAAGUACAGUCUACAGCUUCCAUCGCCCUUGAAUGUGACCAUCACCUUCUCAGUCUUUCUUUCCGGCUACCUGGUACUCUUAUUUUUGGGACUCGCCAUCAAUUUCCGUCACUUAUACAAGCAAAGGCGCAGGCGUCUGGGGAGUCGUAAAAGGAAGAUGGCUUGAUGAUAUUUUAAUGUUUUUUUUCUCUUUCUUCUUAUUGUUG